AAUGUUCUCCACAACACUCCCUCUUCCUCUUCUCAUUAACCGUUAUCAUCCUCUUCCUUCUCCUUCACCCACUGCUCCUCCGAGGGUCACGCUCCGGGACGACGGAACCUUGCUCGCGAAAGAGUCCCUUCCGCCGGAGCUGGUGGCGGAGCUGAUGCCAAACCAUGUGGCCGUGAUCAUGGACGGCCACGGCAGGUGGGCCAAACCGAGGGGGCUCGCGGCGACGGAGGGGCACCGCGCGGGGGUGGAGUCACUGACGAGGAUGGUGAUGCUGUGUUGCAGUUGGGGCAUUGAGGUUCUCACGGUUUUCGCGUGCUCCACUGAGAACUUGGCUCGCCCCAAGAAGGAGGUUGAUUUCUUCAUGAGACUGUUUGAAACGACAGCAAAGUCUUCAAUGGAGUGCAUGCAAAUGAAAGGAAUUCGAGUGUGUGUGAUUGGAGAUUUAUCAAAGGUCCCUGAAUCUCUGCAGAGAACAGUUGCAAGAGUAGAAGAUGUUACAAAAGAUAAUAAGAAACUUCAACUUAUUGUGGCAUUAAACUACGGUGGAAAAUAUGAUGUUGUGCAAGCAUGUAAAAGGGUAGCCAUGAAAGUGAAAGAUGGUGCUGUUGAUGUGGAGGACAUUAACGAAAGCAUAAUUGAAAAGGAAUUGGAAACUAAGUGCACUGAGUUUCCUAAUCCAGGUUUGCUAAUACGAACUAGUGGGGAGCUUAGGGUGAGUAACUUCUUGCUUUGGCAAUUGGCCUACACAGAACUUUAUUUCAGCCCAAAAUUUUGGCCAGAUUUUGGUAAGGACGACUUUGUAGAUGCCUUGAGAUCAUUUCAACACAGACAAAGACGUUUUGGUGGCCGACAUUGAAUUGAGGACAAAAUAAAAAUAGGGAAUCACAUUGAAUUAAUUCGAUGAAUAUUGAAAUAAAAUACUUAUCAAGUCUUUUUAUCAUAAAUAAACUUGUAAUGACUUAU